AUGGCUGCAUCUCGAAAGGACACAAAAGUCAUCAUCGUGGGCGGCGGCGGCACGAUCGGCUCGUCGACAGCACUGCAUCUCCUCCGGGCCGGAUACACACCCUCCAACAUCACCGUGCUCGACACCUACCCGAUCCCCUCGGCGCAGUCUGCCGGCAAUGACCUGAAUAAGAUUAUGGGCAUCCGCCUGCGGAACGACGUGGAUUUGCAGCUCAGCCUGGAGUCGAGGGACAUGUGGAAGAAUGACGAGCUCUUCCGGCCUUUCUUCCACAACACUGGGCGUCUUGACUGUGAGAGCACCGAGGAGGGCAUCGCCGCUCUCCGCCGCGAGUACCAGGCGCUUCUCGACGCGAAUGCCGGGCUGGAAGAGACGCACGAGUGGCUCGACAGCGAGGAUGCCAUCCUGUCCAAGGCGCCGUUGUUGCAGCGCGACCAGAUCAAGGGGUGGAAAGCCAUCUGGAGCCGCGACGGAGGCUGGCUCGCGGCCGCCAAGGCCAUCAACGCCAUCGGCGAGGAACUGAAGAGGCAGGGCGUCAAAUUUGGGUUCGGUGGCGCUGGCUCGUUCAAACGCCCACUGUUCGCCGAGGACGGCACGACGUGCGUGGGGGUGGAGACAGUCGACGGGACGAAGUACUACGGAGACAGAGUCGUGCUGGCGGCCGGGGCAUGGAGUCCUGCCCUGGUGGACUUGGAGGAGCAGUGCUGCUCCAAGGCGUGGGUGUACGCUCACAUCCAGCUCUCGCCCGAGGAGGCGGCCGAGUACAGGGGCUGCCCCGUCGUCUACAACGGCGACGUGGGCUUCUUCUUCGAGCCCAACGAGCACCGCGUCAUCAAGGUCUGCGACGAGUUCCCCGGCUUCACCCGGUUCAAGCAACACCAGCCGUACGGCGCGCCCGCACCGAAGCGCGUCUCGGUCCCCCGCUCCCACGCCAAGCACCCGACCGACACCUACCCCGAUGCAUCCGAGGAGAGCAUCAAGAGGGCCAUCUCGACCUUCUUGCCUCGCUUCAAAGAAAAGCCGCUGUUCAACCGAGCCCUCUGCUGGUGCACAGACACGGCAGACUCGGCCCUGCUCAUUUGCGAGCAUCCCAAGUGGAAGAACUUCAUCUUGGCCACGGGGGACAGUGGCCACAGCUUCAAACUACUCCCCAACAUCGGCAAGCAUGUUGUCGAGCUUGUGGAGGGCAGACUCCCUGACGAUAUGGCGAGGACAUGGAGGUGGCGGCCUGGCCAGGGUGAUGCGCUCAAGUCGAUCCGCGCCGCCCCCGCGAAGGACCUGGCGGAUAUGCCCGGGUGGAAGCAUGAUGAGGAGGCUGGAGACAGUGAGUAG